CUCGAUGUUUACGAUAUCAAUCACCUUGCCCGAGGGCGUGAUCGCCUAUGAAACAGGAGAAGGCAGGUACCCGAAUUCCGUGCCUAGAUAGGUAACCUUACCUUAUCAUAAUCACAUGCUCUAUGAUAGCGGGGAAUGGACAGUGUGAGCAAUGUUCCUUUGUCGACAGCUGUUGAUGUCCAUGACCCCUUUGUACCAAGACACACACACACACACACGCUUCCUCCUCUCAACCUUCAGUCUCGUUAGAUUGACAAUCGACAGCCAUCUCCACUCAAGCACACCGCUCGCAAUAUGGAAAAGACUAACGGCGUAGGCGGCGAUGCUGCUAUUCUGCAAGAAAUUCUUGCCAGUCUCAAGACCAUCCAGCAGGAAAACACCCAUCUUGCUGCUGCUGUAGAUGCCAUCAACGGGCGGGUGAAUAUCCUUGCUGGAGUUAAGCAGGUCAAGGACUUGACCUUCGAUCCUGCUGCUGCCGAGCGAAACAAGGUGCAUCAGACAAACCCGGUUGUUCCUGAAGAUGUGCCUUCGAGUCCUGAUCUAGCAGUUGUACAAGAGUCGGGCCGUAGAUCUAGCACGACCUCCAAGAUCAUUCUUACCUCGUACCCCGGUCAGGCUGGUGUCGACCCUCUCCCCAUGGAUUGGGGAAACAAAGACCCUUCUCUUCGAGGCCCGGUGGUCGUUUCGAGAAACCCCAGUUCAAUUAGAAGACGAAACGCCAUUGGUGCUCAUGGCGGUUCCUAUGCUAUAUACAAUGCACUGGCCGUGGCGAGCAAGAAUCUCAACACCGACCACCGCCCGGAUUUUACCAACACUGAGCCAGCUGCCAACAUUGGUCCCUUUCCUCAAUGGGCUGAUCCGAAGAAGAUUGUUGCAAUGGAUCCCUUGGGACAUCUUGCACCAUGGCUCUUCAAGGAUAUCAUUCAAAAGGAAGACGUCGACAUCAGGCCUACAAUUGCCAUCACUAAGGCGCACAUGAAGCUCCCCGAGAUCGAGGAAAGUGUCAGAAAGGGUAGAUUGGUGCCUGAUGGCAAAAUCUGUAUCAAUGAGUCUGGCGAGCUUGCAGUGACAAAGUUCGCUGUCGAACCAGUUUGGUACCUUCCUGGAGUUGCGGAGCGCUUUGGUAUUGAUGAGGGAGUACUCAGACGUUCUCUCUUCGAACACACUGGUGGUUCGUACCCUGAGCUUAUCACUCGAGGAGACAUCAAGACUUUCCUGCCCCCAAUUGGAGGUUUGACCGUAUACUGCUUUGGUGAUCCUGCCAAGAUGUCUGAUCCUAAUGUCAAGCUUGCCUUGCGUAUUCACGAUGAAUGCAAUGGUUCGGACGUUUUCGGCUCAGAUAUUUGUACCUGCAGACCCUACCUGACAUUUGGCAUUGAAGAGGCAGUCAAGGAGGCUCAGAACGGAGGUUCUGGCGUCGUUAUAUACUUCCGUAAGGAAGGUAGAGCUCUUGGAGAGGUCACAAAAUAUCUUGUAUACAAUGCAAGAAAACGUGGCGCCGACCGCGCGAGUGAGUACUUUAAACGUACAGAGAACAUUGCUGGCGUCAAGGAUAUGCGCUUCCAAGCUCUGAUGCCUGACAUCCUCCAUUGGCUUGGUAUCUCCAAGAUUGACAGAAUGUUGAGCAUGUCGAACAUGAAACACGAUGCCAUUGUCGAACAAGGCAUUCCUAUUAUCGAGCGCAUCGAACUGCCAGACGAGCUGAUUCCUGCGGACAGCAGAGUAGAGAUUGAUGCUAAAGUGCACGCUGGAUACUUCACCAACGGCAAGAUCAUGACAAUGGAUGAGCUGUCGAACGUCCAGGGUCGGGCUUGGGAAGACGUCGACCACUGAUCGUAGUUUGGAUGAUUCGUUUGUCCUCCUGACUGAGGUUACAUCGUUGGCUCAAGAAUCGGGCCUGACUAGAAAUGCAUGCAUGACGGAGUAUUUUCAUCUUUAGGCUAGCUUGGCUUACUCCUGCAUGGGCGCUGUAAUUUGGAAGGUUCAUACUAGAAAUGGAGGGCACUUUCUUCCAGGACACAACUAAACUCACCUUUGUACUUGCUGUUCUUUCGAUCUCGCUCUUCUAGCAUACUUGUGUAUAGAACCAGAGGGUUCCUUCUCAAUGAAAGUUUUGACGAUCUUGGCUUGGGCCGGGGAU